AUGAUCAGCGAGGAAAACAUUUCUCAGGCCAAUGAAGCCAUGGAGACUCAGUCACAACCGGAUCUCGUUGGCGAAGACACGCAAGCGUUUGAGGAUGGCGCGGACGAGGCGGGGCCUGCACAGAAGAGCAGUAGCAAGAAGGACAAGGCCCCUGCUCAGCGGGAACGAGAUCCGGGAAAGUCACUCUUGCCGUUCUCGAGGGUACAGAAGAUCAUAAAAGCGGACAAGGAUCUACCAAUAGUCGCUAAAGAUGCGACAUUACUUAUAUCUCUGGCUACUGAGGAGUUUAUCAAGAGGCUCUCGGGGGCAUGCCACCGGCUUGCUGAGCAGGAACGGAGAGCUACGGUGCAGCAGCGGGACGUAGCAACUAUUGUCAGAAGAGCUGAUGAGUUCUUGUUCCUCGAUGGUACUGUAUUACUUUGCUAG